AUGUACGCUUUUGCUGCGGCUCUGCCGCCUGUGGCAAUUCUCGUGCUUGCAGCAGGCUCUCUCGCUCUGCGGCGUAGGCACAGGCCGAAGGCUCCUCUAGAAAGGGAUGCAGUUGACAAGAAACUUUCUCAAACGGUGCCUGAGGUUGCAAAGUUGAAAGCCAAAAAGACGCGGAAGAGGUCAAAACGGUCGUCGCAACCUACCAAUGUUGAAAAUGGAGAUGAUGAAUUAGAAGCGAGGGGAGAAACACAGCAGCCGGAGCUCCAGCUAAGGUCUGAGCAGGAAGCGCCUUUGGAGAUGACAGAUAUGCCGUCGAGCUCGUCCGGCACAAUCUCAGGUGACAGCACAGGACUGUGGACAACCGUCAUGAGAAAGUCGCGGACAUCAAGGGCCUCUGUUGCACGUGCUGAAGCACAGGCGGAUGCAACUGCCAAGACAACAGCUGCAUCAACACUGCUGAUUAGUGAUGCUGCCCCUAGCAGCUCCUUGGUACAUCCAGUGCACCGCCCCCAAAGCAGCACAGCUAGCUCUGCAGAGGAGGCCUCUGCUCGUGCUCAGGCCAAGUGGUUCACUACGGAAGAAAUGCACCCAGGGUCCCAGUCACAGAGCUCACAGCCAACUCCCAAGCCCCACUCUGAAGAUGCACAGUGCGCGAAGGAAGGGCACGCAAAGCGGCGUUGCUCGGCCUGUCUGCAGCAGGGCGUUGUGGCAUCAGGAAGGGUGGCUCCACUGCAGAAGUCUCAGACAGGGAAGAACUGGGCGGCAGUGACAGCGGACACGCCAGACGAACAAGUAGCGACUGUCAGAGACUUGGCCAGCUUUCCUCUGUUUAAUAGAGCCAGCGAGUUUGGUGCUGUGGGAGACCGGGUAAUCUCUUACCAUGCUGUGAAAGCGAAGGUCGAUACUGGCAACGUGCGCUUCUCUUCUGACUCUGAUGCAUCUGAGACCCUGGCCAAGCGGUCGAUGGAGUCUGCAGAUAGCACUUUCAGCAGUCCUCGCAGCAUGGGGAGCCUCAGUCCGAGGAGUCAGUCAAGCACCCUGGAUGGGAUGAGCGAUGAAGAUGAGCAUGCUGGCAAGUCGUCAGCUGCUGAGCUGGAAUAUGUAGCAAGGCAGAACUUGUCCGGGCCCAAGGACCCUGUCAAUGAGUUGAAGACCCUUCCCGAAAGAUUGGACUCCUCGGACUGGCUCGAGGUGGCAGAUGCUCUGAACAACCUUCGAGCUCUCGUCUUCUUCCACGCAGCAUCUUCAGAAAGUGUCAUGCCCAGCGUUGCCCCGCAGAUCCUCAAAGCCAUGAAGAACCCCCGGAGCGCUCUCCAGAAGACUGCAAUCAUGGCACUCACGGAUGCUUUCUCCAGCCUGGGGGACAAGACUCUUCCGUGGAUCAGUCUCCUGUUGCUCGAGCUGUUCCUCAAAGCGUCUCAAGACAAGAAGUUUGUCUGCGAGACCGCCGAUGAGGCCCUGAGAGUCAUGGUCGCCAGCGUCUCUCCUGCACCGCUGCUCGAGAAACUCCUCCCGUUCACCAACCACAAGAGCCAGCGGGUUCGAGCAAAGGCAAUCGCCGCAAUCUACAGCUCGCUCAUCCGUAUGAACGUGGACGAGAUGGUUGCAUUUGGUCCCGAGCGCCUGGUGAAGGCCGCGAAGCGGCUGCAGACGGACAAGCAGCCGGAAGCCCGCGACGCCGCGCGGAAGAUGCUGGAGGUGCUGGAAAGUCAGGGGAAAGUAGCACCGGUCGUAGAAUGCUAAGUACGUAUGCCCCGUUGGAGCCGUUAUCUGACACGCGCAGCUCUUAUUCGACUGCACGAAGAGAAAAGCUUACAUGAUGCUUGCGACGGGGAAUUCUGUAUAGUACUUCGAAUGUAGGAAUUUGCCAUUCUUUAGGGACAGGGCGUGAUAUUGUCUUUGCCGCAGAAGGCCGAAGCGAGUCGGAGCACGACUCGCUGAGUCCAAUCUCUUGUGUUAUUGAUUGUCGCCUUGACUAGAAUAUUGAGUAGGGGCCAAGUGACGUACUAUUUGUAGGACCGCAGCGUAGAGCUACAACUUCAGAGG